UUUCGGUCACGGAUGUGGAGCGAUAAGGACCGGUGGAAUAUGUAGGAGCGUUAGGGAAUAACCUAACUGGAUAGGCUCUCUCGACAAAAUACAUAUAUUGAAAUAUAGGCUAGGUUUUACACUUAUUCAUAUGCUGAGGUCGUUGUAAUAGCAGUUUUUUUCCGUUAUUGUUUUUUAAAAUAUUUUUUUUAAUAAUGUCUCAAAGAGUGAGAAGAAACGGGUCUCCGACAUUUAUGCCAAGCAGCGAAACCGGUGGUGGAUUCGGCGCUACAACUGGCGUCUCGGGAGCUUCGGGAGGCAGUGUGUUCAGUCGCCUCCUGCCCAUGAAAGCGACGGUUCCGUUCCAACUGAAACCGCAGAUACAGCCCCCCCUGUUGACCAGGUCGGUGCAGGGUACCGCUAGUGGAUGCAGUAGCCCCUCGCCCACCAACACCGGGAACGGUAAAUUCCACACUAGUGGAUGCAGCUCCAGCGAAGCACCUGAAACGCGCACGUCGACGUCAUUGAGUCGCAGCCCCACUCGUGCUGUUGUCAACUCAUCAUCAACAGCUGUUGUUCUGGUCUCCUCGCCAGCCACCACCCCUCUGUCUUCUCUGUCACCUCUGUCUCCUUCCAUCGGCUAUGCCUCGGGCGCGGUGGGACAGACCGGGACAGGGACACCCUCCUCCCCAUCCGCCAGAAUCAGCCCCCUCGCCAACACCACCGUGUCUGGUCACUCCGUUGCUACAUCGGGGUCCAACUCUGCCACAUCCCGAGCCGCUCAAACACAAUCACCCCUCGCUCCUGUAGCAGCGUCACCUCCACAACAUGUAACUUCCCCAGUGAUCUCACCUGCACCUUACGUCAAUAUUCACACCUACGGAUCUAGUAGUUUUAGUCUGGGUGUCCCCCCUGUUAACACCGCAGACGGCUCCCCCACCCAGCAGCGACACUGGCCGUCAGACUACCCGAUCCUGGCGACCGCUUUACAGCUUCAGCCUUUCUCGCCUUUUCCUCCGUCUUCGUCCUCUUUGUCAUCUUUUGGCGGUCAGCAGGGCAGAGCGAUGCCGCAGGCAGCGCCACAACGCUGGUCCCCCGGCCUGGAACAGAACCGACUGUCUCCCGAGAGAGUCAGCCCCAGCUCGCCAAAUGGAGAGAGACCCAAACCUCCUCCCCUAGCCGGCCUACCCUCUUGCUGCUCCUGCUCCAGUAUCCGCCGCACCUCCUCCCUGGAUCUUCUCCUGACGGGACCCUAUCUGACCGGUCACUGGCCUCGGGAAAGCAGCCAUGCCCCAUGUCAACCCUGCAUGAGGGACAAAGCCACUCAGACCCCCAGUGCCUGGGCAGAGGAGUUUGUGGAGAAGAGGAGGGCUUCUCACCAACGUUCAGCCUCCUGGGGAAGCACUGACCAACUUAAAGAGAUUUCCAAGCUGAGGCAGCAGCUCCAGCGCAGUAAGCACAGCAGCCGUCACCAUAGAGACAAGGAACGCAAAUCACCAUUCAAUGGGAACCAUGCUGCUCUCUACCAGGCUCCAAUCCCAAAGACUGUUCUGAUUCCCAUCAAGUCCUCUGUGUCUCGGUUCCGGAACAGUGUGGAAGGGCUGAACCAAGAAAUAGAGAGGAUCAUCAUCUGUGACGCAGGAGAGAGGGACGACCCCCACCAUGUCCCCGACGGACGCCGUGCCCCCCCACCGCUGUCCCAACGCCCCUCCUCUCCUUCAAUCAUAUCACAGUGCUACAGUAGCUCUGCUUUCCGCAGCAUCAACACCCAGACACCCCAGGGUGGGAGAGGGGCCUGUGGAGGUGGAGCGGUCAGUGACAGCAGCCGCUCCGAGUCCGUCUCCCCCUCCUUCCUGACUGUCCCCACCGACACGGAGAUGACGGGGGAGAGAGGGGGAGACGGAGUGGGAGAGAGCCCCUUGCCUAAUAGUGAUGAGCUGCUAACGGACUGCAGUGAAAAAGACCUCGGGCCCAGCUCUCCGCUCCCUAAAUACGCCUCCUCUCCUAAACCCAACAACAGCUACAUGUUCAAACGAGAGCCUCCUGAGGGCUGCGAGAGAGUCAAGGUCUUCACUGAGGAAACACAGUCCAAGCCUCCCCAGCAGGUCUCUUGUCCUCUCCUGAGGUCCAAGAUUCCCCAGCAGGUCCCUCAGUUCCUCACAGGUCCAGACAGGAACAAGGUCAACUUCAUCCCCAACAGUGGCUCUGCCUUCUGCCUCGUCAGCAUCCUCAAGCCCCUCCUACCCACGACCACCCAGGAGUUCAGCCUGAAGAGCCCCGGGGCCGGGCCAAACCUUACCUUGUCCCCCCUCAGCACACCUCUUACUGGGGCUUCCCUCAGCCUUUCUCCCCUGACCCUGGACCAACAGACCAGCUAGAGUCCCUACCAACAGACCAGCUAGAGUCCCUACCAACAGACCAGCUAGAGUCCCUAUCAACAGACCAGCUAGAGUCCCUACCAACAGACCAGCUAGAGUCCCUACCAACAGACCAGCUAGAGUCCCUACCAACAGACCAGCUAGAGUCCCUAUCAACAGACCAGCUAGAGUCCCUAUCAACAGACCAGCUAGAGUCCCUAUCAACAGACCAGCUAGAGUCCCUAUCAACAGACCAGCUAGAGUCCCUAUCAACAGACCAGCUAGAGUCCC